AUGAUCAAAUUUAUUCAGAAAUCAGAAUUCAGAACCCAACUCUCACCAACCGUUCGACGACAUUCAUCCAACGUCAAAACGUAUGACGCUAUUCAGUUUCGCGACAAAUUGAGAAGAGGCGUCUCCCUAGAAAACCUUGGUCCUCAUCGUGUCUGCUUCUAUCCCCAUCCAGCACCUUCGACUCGAAAUCCACCAAUUAAUCGACCUGUUUUGUUUUCCAAGAACCCCAUCGGCCCGGCAUCCAAAAAUAUCAGUAGAAAAGUUUCCAGCUACUCGAAAAUGUCAAGUAUAGCGAGAGUUGCAUGGCUCCGCCCAUAUGCUGCGGACCCGAUGCAUGCAGCCACAUUGCCAAGGAAUUAUGAAGGGCAUGCGAACGGGAUGGGAAAGAAAAAUUGGAUGGAUGAUGCAUAA